UUAUCCGGGAUUUGCGCAAAAAUGGCGCGUUUGUUUGGCGGUGCGUUGUCUUGUGUUCUUCCUCCAGGAGCUAAGGACGUAAGCGAAAUUCGUCAAGUUCCUGAUAAUCAGGAAGUGUUUGUGCAUGAAGAAACAGAUCAGAGUGUGAUUAUUGAACUGCUGGAAUACGAUGGAACGCUGCGAGGGAAGCAAGCUGUUAGAUACCAUUUCGAACAACUCGCUCACAGUAACAGCGCAGUUGCACAUCAAGUCUUAACAAUAAACCAACUGCCGAAUGAACAACUAGCUCUUAACGCAUGCCCAGAAGCAUACAGCUUGGAAGGUGACCAACAAGUAUCAAAAUUUCACGAAGCAGGGGAUGCCAGUAAUAUCGUUCACAUUCACUUGGCUUUGUUUCGGCUACCUCAAUACACGACCGACAUUCUGGUUUCAUUCAACAAUCCUACCUACAUCAGUCAGGAGAGCAGUAGUGUAACAGCAGUCGCUUGCAACAUGGAACAAUGGACAGCAGGCCAUUGGCAAACGCUUAUCAACAGUCUAUCUCUCACAGAUCCAUCGAUAUUUAUCACAAACCAAUCGUAGCAAUAGUUUUU